AAAAUGGGGACAUGUACGCUUAAGCUGUCCUAGUGUCCGUAUGCUCGGCGUCCCCUCAGGAGACAGGACGCUGCUGCACGUUGUGUUCGUCUCUCGGGGGCGUGACGCUCCGCCGCCUGCUGGUGCCGAGCCGCGCUGGGCCGCUCCGGGAGGUGGGCGUCGCCCUGCGCUUAUUUCUCGCUCAUCUCUGGCCAGGCGGCCUUUAGUAGAGGGGAGCUUUCAGGUCUCACGAGAGGCAGGCAGCACCGGCACUGGGCAUAUGGGCGAGUGGCGGCGACGGUGUACGGUGAGGCAGCACCACAGUGGCGCCCACAGCGCGAGUGUAUCCGGUGCGGGCGACCGAGGCUGCGUCGUGGUGGUGGUUGUGCCAGUGUGUCUGGGGGAGGGGAGGGGCGUAGCGAUGGGCCGGGGAGGGGCAGCGGGCGGGCAGGGACGGAGCCGGGUCACCUAGUCCAGGACCGGCCCCGUCACCCGACAGGCUCUGCUCUGCUGCCUCACUCAGUCCCUCGGUGGACCUGGAGCUCGACGCACCGCCCCGCCGCUGCUUCCCGCGCGCCCACCGCCACGCCGCCUCCAGCACUCUACCCGGCCAUGCCCCCGCCGCCCCGCACACAGGUGUCGCGGUGCACGGGGUGAACAUCCCCGCGCAGGGCGUGUGCUGUGCUGCGGCGCCUCCAGUGUUACUGUGCUGCUGGCAGGUCCACUAGCCCACACUUGUGCCGCGGCGACAGGGGGCAGCGCAUCGUGUGUGUGUGUGCGUGUGUGGGCCUCGGUGCGUGCCUCGGCGCGUGUAUGUGUGUGCGUAUAGCCCGACACCACCAUGCCGGCGUACAUCGUCAAGAUCAGGAAAAAAGAGGACUUGAACGCCCUCUCCGGCAUACAGAAAACCGGAACAACAGUGUACAAAAUCCGCCUUAACAACAACAACAAUAACAAUAAUAACAACAACAAUAUCAUCAAUAACAACAACAACCACAACAGUCAUCACAUCAUCACCAACAACAACAGCAAAACCGACUUCAACCACAACCACCUACUAAGCCUCACGCCGUCCCCGCCGCCGACGCCCGCCGCGCUCACCCACUCCCUCGAGGACCUUCAGGGCGAGGGCGGCAGCGUGUACCUGAGUGAGAGUCUGCGGCCGCUGGGAUGUACGGGCGAGCGGCGGGCGAUGCGGCUGGCGGGGCGGGUGUGCUCCGUGGUGGGCCGCUCAGCCUCCAGCAAGGUGGAGGAUGUCAUCGACGAAAUCCUUAGCCUGGAGGAGGGCUACGAGGCUGACACUCGCAAGACCCCGGAGCAGCUGUGUGGCGUCCAGCCCGCGGCCAACAACAGUGUGCCUGACCCACUAUGCAAUAUACUGGGCCUCAACAGCUACAUGGGCAAGACGUCCACCUCGUGUCCUCCUGACGUGCCCCAGGUGAAGAGCGAGCCGCCCGUCAAUGACCAGCAGCUGGUGGCCUACAUGAAGGACAGGCAGAAGAAGGACAAUCAUAAUAUGAUUGAGCGAAGACGAAGGUUCAACAUCAACGAUCGCAUCAAAGAGCUGGCCACUCUCCUCCCAAAGAGCAACGAACCGUACUUUGAACUCGUGCGAGACCUUCGCCACAACAAAGGUCAGAUCCUCAAGGCCUCCGUGGACUACAUUCGGCGCCUCAAGCUGGACGCUGAUGCCAACAAGGAAGCGGAGGCCAAGCGUCGCGCCCUUGAGCAGCAGAACAGGCAGCUCCACCUUAGAAUACAGGAGCUGGAGGGAAGGCUGCGUUCAAAUGGCAUCAAGGUGGACGAGACCAACAUAGAUAAGAGUUUGCUCCUGUCAACGAUCAUUAAGACGGAGAUGGUGGGCAGCAGCAUGGGCGGGGUUGGGGGAGGGCUGGGAGCCGGAGAAUGUGGAGGUGGUAGUGGUGGGGGAGAGCUGAAGGAGGUGAGGUGCAGCCAGAGUCUCACCGGUUCCCUGCUUGACGAGCUGCUGGAAGACUUCACAUCCGGCGGCUUCAAUUUAGAUCUGAUGGACGAUGACGGUCCAGCCUUCACCAGCGACCCUGUGUUCUCCUCGCCGCAGGUCUCGUCUCCCAACUCCUCGCACCACUCCUUCGACGAUGCCCUCACCCCCGACUCCAUGGACAUUGCCACGUGAUUGUGAAUGUGUGUCGUAGGAGAGCCGAUAUUUUUUAUGUAUAUAUGAAGACUUGUGAGUUUUUGCUCAUUUUCUUGGUCUUGUAUUAUGUGCACUUAUGAGGCUUUUUACUGUUUUAGUUCUGUUUUGUUUGUCAUUUCUAAUUUGCUUCCCAACAAGAGAUUUUAUUAUUGUAUUGAAAGUUCAAAUUUGUUAUGUCUCUUCGUAAGGAUAUAUUUUGUAGUUACAUGAUAUUUUUAUGAAUGGUUUACUAGUGCAUAUUAUAAGAUUUUUCUGUGAAUAAGUGCAUUAAUUCCCAGAAAUUACUUAUUUAAUUAAUUUCAAGAAUACACAUGAAUGUUUACUUCAACCUGAGGUGACUGGAUCCAAAGUGGUAAUAUUUUUAUUUUUGUUAUAUAUCAGAGCAGUGAUACUGCUCAACAGCUCUGUUUUAGAAAACAACAGGUUACAUACAGAGAAUAUAUAUGUAUGUUUUGAUAAACAACUGUAACAUACAGAUAAUAUAUAUGUAUAUAUAUUUCCUGCAAUUUUUUUGUGGAAUACCUCAUAGACAUCCAUUAUUUAACAUAAGAGAAUAAUCUCUCGCAUUACAUAAGAAGCCGUGUGCUUGGUGUAGCACCAAGGCAUUUCAGGAUGAUUUAGCAGGAAGGUUAAUCUUUGAGGAGGAAUAAUGCUUUUUGUGGGAUCCACACUACCAAGCUUGAUUUUGGUACCUGACAGCAUAGUAUUGUCUAUGCUAAACGAAACUAAACAUUGUAUAACUUUUUAAUACUAAUGUAAUAAUGCACAUAACUUUACAGAGCAGCCAGAAUGACUUUCUGUCUGUAAUGAAUAACAUGCUCAUUCAUCAUAUUAAUAACCUUUAUUGAAGAUAUUUAACAUUGCAUAGUUCAGCUGUACGUGUUACCCAUGUGUCAUAUUAACAUAUAUAACAUUGUACAGUUUAUUUUCUUUGAAUUUAAAGAUGGAGAGCUAUUCAGAAUUAUCGCAUGUACAUAAUUACAUCCAUAUAAUUCAGUGAAUUAUAUCUGAUGUUUUGCAAAAUUCAUCAUGUUCUACAUUUCCAAUUUGAUCAUCAACAAUUUACCACAGACUUUUAAUCAUCUCCAUACACGUGCACUGAGUUGCAUGCUCAUGAAAAUCAUGGACUAAACAAUUGUACAUAGUAAUCUUGUUUGUUCACUUGCCCAGACAUGUAUUGUGAAUAUACACUGGUGUUCCUGUUCCUCGCAGUCCAAGAAGCUGGUGUUGAAGGUGUACAUAAUGUGUGAUGAUUAGUUGUAUUUUGAAUACUUUUGUAUGUAGUCACAUAACCUCUAUUUUAACUCAUGGAGACCGUCUCCAGCCCUUGAUUUAAUUUAAGACAUCAUUUAUCUUAAAGAUGUCUGUGUGUGUGAAUAUAUAUAUAUAUAUAUAUAUAUAUAUAUAUAUAUAUAUAUAUAUAUAUAUAUAUAUAUAUAUAUAUAUAUAUAUAUAUAUAUAUAUAUAUAUAUACACACACAUGCACACACACACACACACCACUAUGUAGAUGAUUUAAUCAUUAUGAAUACA